UCAUCAUUUCUCGCGCCGAUUUUCUUGAGACAAGACAAUGGCUUUUCCUCUUCCGAAGAUGGUGAUUUUCUUUGUUGCCUUGGUGGCUUUUGUGAUCACAGUGGAGGGCUAUGUGGAAGUCAAAACACCACGCGACACCCCAUAUACCGUUAAGAAUCCCGUCUUCUACUAUCUGACUGGCAACUACACGGUUGGCACCCAACAGAAGUUUGGUACCUUCCAGGUCCUCGAGGUAAACCUUCAUCAAGAAACCUGGCUGCUCCUCUACACCAAGCCAGAGGCGAAUAAAAUCAGCCAGCCAUACUGCGAUGACAACCCCCAGGACAUACCUCAGGAGAGGAUAAUGAGGAUUUAUAAUAACCACACUGUCAAAGUGAGCAGUGACGCCCCCGACCAAUGGACCAUUGUGAACAACACCAUCGUGUGUUUCCAGAUCCUACAGAAGGCUUCCGUGGGAAAGUGGGGAACGUUCAAAUACAAGUAUGAAGACUCGUGCAGCAAGUUGGUGGUCCAGGAAACCCGCCUACUGUCUUCGAGCAAGUCGAAGUCCCUCACAGUACGGACACAUCAUGAGUGCUACCCCUUGAAGUCGGGCUACUCUACCGUGAUUGACUUCCAAAUGACCUUAAAGAACGCGACAUCUUUGGACCGAGUUCUCAUGACCAAGCAGAAUAUAGUCAAUGAGAGAGUUUGCAAAUACGUGAGGCGAUUCGAGUCGUACUACGGAAACAGAAACGUCCAGGAGUGCAAGGACACGCCGAAAAUAAAGUCCGAGACCCUGCAAAUGAUAACAGGGCAGACACCGGACAAGCAUCUAUUGCAGCAAUGGCCGCUCGUGUUGACAGGCGGCAGCCAUGUUUGUUUUGAAUUUGAUGCUGUUCAGGAGACGGUUUUCAAGGAUGACAUGCUCUUCCGUAUUUCAGAAUUUCCUGAGUGCACUGGUGUUGUUAGUAACCGUAGUGGCAUCCUGGUUAGUCCGGGUUACCCGCUGACUCCCUACGCGAACAACACCAACUGCACUUGGACCAUCAAGGUACGGCCCGGGGAAAGGAUCCUUGCAAAGUUCGGCGACACUAAGAGCGACUGCGGCAAUGACUAUCUCAUGAUGUCCGAUGUGGAAGGGGGCUCAAAGAACAUGGAACUGCUUUGCGGAGGGUCUGUAACAGGGAGGAGUUUCAUCAGCGUAUCCAAUCAACUGAAGCUACGAUUCCAGACGAGCAACUUCACCAACUUGAAGGGAUUUCUGAUGAAUUAUACGGUCAUUGGUUGUAGCCUCGAAAGACUUUCGCUCCCUGACAACUCGAUGAUGUUGAACAAACCUAAGGACUACAUACCACAGGGGUUUGGUCUGAGAAUUGGGUGUAAACAAGGCUAUGUCUUCCCAAGCAAGGUGGCUGAGGUCAAACUGGAAUGCCUGCCUGACAGCACUUGGUUCGGUAACAUACCAUUCUGCAUCGGAUACACCGUCUGUAACGAGACAUUGACAGCUCCAGAAGGCUUCGUAACCAGCCCAGGCUAUCCUCAUUCCUAUCCAAAGGAUGCUCGCUGCAGCUGGACCAUCAGAGCCAAGGAAGGACAGCGAAUCCUCAUCAAAGUCGAAGACUUCAAAAGCAGCUGUAUGAACGACUAUGUCGUCCUUGACGGAGUAGAGCAAACCGUAAUUCCGACUACUGUAUCAUCAACCACAACCACAACGGCAGCGCCCGCCAGGUCCGGCAACACCGCCAGCCCCGGCAACACCGCCGCGACGGGUACGCGCUCCAAGAGAUCCGCGUCCUCGCGGAAGGAGUACAUCUGCGGUAAAUCUGUCUCUGCAGGGAAGGAGUACACAUCAGCGGAUCACACUCUUGUCAUUACUUUCCGGUCGUACAUUUUCGAAGAGAUUGGUUACUUAAACAUGAGCUACAAAGCGCUCGGAUGCAGCGGUAAAGACUUGAGGAAACCUCUGAACGUUCUGCUGAGGAACCCAGACACCUACUACCCCGAGAACUACAGACUGGUGGUUGGUUGUAAUCCUGGCUUCAGUUUUCCUGGAGGUUUCAAUAGCAUCGUCGUGGUCUGCGGCAAGAAGGGUGCAUGGGCGGGCAGGGUACCGUUAUGUGUCCGUUGGAAGACUGGCCUCUAACCCCGAAGACGAUGCUUCUCCUAUUAUAUAUGCAUAUCAUAUCCAGAAUGAUGCUGUAAACACGGACCUCAUAAUGUAGGUCCUUGGUGUAAAUAAACACCGUCGACGCACUAUUGGACCUGAAAGACAAUAAAAAGUACAGUUUACUUUAUUUGACUGCCUUUUUCCUCACUUUCAGGUUGGAAGACUGGCCUCUAACCCCGAAGACGAUGCUUCUCCUAUUAUAUAUGCAUAUCAUGCCGCAAUAACUGGCAGAUUUUAGUGACGGUUUCUACAAAUGUAUAUUCACCAAAUACUGAUAUUGAGCAUCAGUUCAGUUUCAGCGUCUUCUGGCAGGUGGCUCUGUGUGUGCAUGAACACUGUAAGAGGUAAUACAUGUAAUUGCGUCGUUAUGUUUCCUUGCGAUGGUCAGUCGAACUAUUUCACACCAUUCUUUGUCCCCAUCAGGCCAAUAGUUUAUCUUUGUUUGAAAAUCUUAUAAUUUCGGUUGUGACUUUGUCACUAAAAUAAGCUUUGAGGUCGCCACAUGGAUGUGACUAUGUCUUGUUACAAACCUGAUGAAGUCGUGACCGCUUCGGACAGGUUUAGUGCUGCAAUAUAAAGGGACGCUGAAGUUCCAAGACGAAAUUGUGCUGUCGUGGUCUCUGCGAACGCACUGACUUCUGAAUAGUUUCUGCAGGCACGCGACAGGUAGAUUACAGAUAAUCCUGGUCUGCGGUUUAGUUCGAUCACAGACUCAUUUAAACUUCAUUAUUAUGAUAAGGUCAAGCAAAGAAUGAUGUUCACUGAACACGAAACACACCAACAGACGCUAACUAGGCGCAAUUUUCCAGUUUUGAAAUUUAUGUUGUUGUAACUGUAAUGAAACUACACGAAAUUGCGGUUAAAUCUGCUUCGUUUAAUGGAGAUAAUGAACCGAGAUGUUGUGAUUUUUUAGGUGUUUUGCCCUAAUUUAAGUAUCAAGCAUGGUUACACCAGAGAAUUGGAUGUAAGCGGAUAAUUUUCGCCCGAACAAUGGAUAAUGAGAUAAAUUAAGCGGCUAAUUCUUUCCCGGACAAUGGAUAAUGAGAGGUUUAUCAAUCGGCACUUGUCGGGAGAGCAUGCACCUGACUGUCUGGCGCGUGGGGCGGCCAUUUUGUUUGUCUGCUGCUCAUGCAGAUUACAGACAAUUGCAACAAUCGUACAAUUUUCUGAAGUAAUAACCGAUACUAAGUCUACACUUAACAGAAUUUGAAUCGUAAAUCGAUAAAUACAAGUAAAAGUGGUCAAAUUGUAAUAUAAGGCACGCGCCUCGGAAGUGUACCCAAGCAGGUUUUUGCAUACUAUUUUCGUCCACCUGAGCAUAAGAUAACAUAUGUUCGUUGGAAAUAAAAAGUUGAACAGCCACUUUGGUUUAACCAAUAGUUUUGAUCAGCCAAACCAAGAAGAGAUGAGAAAUAUGUGUGAUGGAAUUGCUCGGACAUGUCGGAUUCCAUUCGAGCUGAGUAACCGAACACAGUGUCCAAGGCAUUGAGCCCGACUACGAUACGUAACACAGAAAAUGCGUGACGCUGCUUUUUCCUCUUUUCGAAAGUUCGUCACGUAAUCGAUCUUAUAUACUUCUUGUACUAUGUAUAACAUGAUAUAAUGACCAAGUCGACAUAAAAAUCUCAGUGGCCUGACUGAGUUUAAAGAGACGUGCAAUGUACAUGUAUGAACAUGUAAAGUCAACCUCUUGAACUACGGUUAGUUAGUAAGACGUAUGAAAUUAUAGAGGAACGAAGUUGUUAAGAAAAAAAACACUACACCAUCUCUAAGUGGAUAUUGGUGUUUUUCUUCGAACUUGUUUGCGUCUAUGAGAAAAAUCUUGGCAGGACACAUUAUUUUCAUUCCUUGACAGGUCAAUGCAUAGUCUGACAAACCCUUCCCGCCCUGAAUCAGCCAUGCAUCCAUCCUUAUUAGCGCGCAUACAUAAGAGACAACACCGGCCAUUAAACCUGACAUGUCAUACUUCGCCCUUUUAAAAACAUGACGCAACAUUGGGUGUCCUAUAAAAGAUUUUAGUUGGGAUCCCAGGUGGAAAACAAGCGUAGGUUUUGGAUGAGUACCCUUGACGGGGUAACUGGCGUCGGGGGUAUACCGCCGCUGAAUUCGCUCUGUCUGUGUGUACAAGACCCUUUUCUUUUCAAAGAGAUAGCAAUCUUUCGAUGAUUAGAUUCCUGCCGCGUGGGGUGGCCAUGCCUCGGCCUGUCCCGUCGCAAGGGGACGUGAACAAAACAUAUAACUCUUCCCUGCCAUGAAGGGCUUUACAUUUUACUCAAUCUUACGACAUCACACAUGCCAAGUGUCAUUAAUACGUCAUUAUAUCUUCCCAUCAACAUUUCGAUGAAAGGAAAACAAACGUAAGCCCCCCAGGUCGCCGUUGCCUAUGCUUAGAAAGGGCCUAUAAUAGUAUUUUACUAAUGAGAUUCUGUCAAUUGGAGGGCUGUCUGACAAAUACCUUAAAGUUGUUUUCUCACACGAUAAUUUUUAUUUGAGAAAACAACUUUUUUUCUUCAUUAUAUGUGUAAUUUUGAAUUUAAUCCUGCAAAAAAACAACUCGAAGAAAGUGUUAUUUUAAUUCGGCUUAUGGUACAGGUACUAUACUCUUUGUCUGAUUCGGCAAGUUUUAUUGAAAGACACAGAAUCGAAUAUGAUAUUAAUCAUGGACAUUAUAGUUCAAAAUCCUCUUGAAUAUCCGCUUCAAUGAUCAUAACACCAGCAAUUGGUACACUCCGGACGCAGUCGACCGGCCUCGUCCUGUCGCCCGGAUAGAUGGCGAAAUGGCCUGCAUAGGCGUCCAGCAACUGGAGGGGGGAACGUUUUAUUACUUUCACUGACGACAUACAAGUCUUUACUACUCGCUUGUAAUCUACCAUUGCUUAUCAGUUAGUUUUCUUCUAAUAAAAUGGCAAUAAAUUGUAACAAUUUCAUGGU